ACCCCCAACGAAAAGCAACACCAAACUCUCUGAGUUCGUCCCGGCGUCAACCUCCUCUGCAACCCCUCUUCCCCUGGGGACAAAGGAAAGAAAACCCUUCAUCACACUCAAACCCUCCAAUGCAAGUACAGAGAAGCCCCCACCGAUCGUUCUGAAACUCAGUAACCGUCCUAUUUUCAAGCCCUGUUGUCCACUCGGUCCCCCCCAUGCUCAAGAACAAGCUCAAGAUCCCCGACAAGACCCGGAAGCCGUUCCCCGACCGGCUGGGGAGCUUGGUCGCGGGUUUCGACGGCAGGGACGGCGAGAAUGGGGUGUCCGAUGCGGCCCUCGAGUUCGGGGAAGAGCUCGAGACGAUCCAGCCCAAUGGGUUCGGGUCGGAUCGGGAGUUCGAGGAACCGGAUGGCGGGGUGGAAGAGGAGUGUGCGCAGGGUGAGGACCCGACUGCCAGAGCUGGCGGCGGCGGCGGCGAGCCGGAUUUUCGGGCCCGGCAGAGACCCGCGAGAGAAGGGUCGGGUCCUGUUUCGGUGUUGGAGGUGAUUGCAGCUGAUGAGAAGAGGUCUGAUGUUGAGUACGAGAUAUCGCAGGAAGAAAUAAAUUUGGAGAAGUUGCAGAGAAUUGCGAGUAAGGGGCUUCCUGACAAGGGGGGUUUGCGUGCCACGACUUGGAAGCUGCUCCUUGGCUAUCUUCCCCCUUCUCGCAACUUGUGGGAAAAGGAGUUAUCAGAGAACCGACUUAAGUAUGCCAAGCUGAAGGCAGAGCUUCUUAUAAGUCCUUCAGAGUUUGCUAGAAGGAAAAAUUUAGAUUUCAGUCCUUGUGAAUCGGAAGCGGGGAGUGAUGUUGAUGGGCCACUUCACCGGCACCAAAUCUCUCAGGAGGAUCACCCUCUGAGUCUUGGUAAAGCUAGCGUUUGGAAUCAGUACUUUGAGAAUACAGAAGUUGCAGAGCAGAUAGACCGUGAUUUACAGCGUACCCACCCAGAUAUGAAGUUCUUUUCUGGGGAAACGGCGAUCAGUAGAAGACGCAGGGAAGCAAUGAGAAAUAUUCUCCUCCUGUUUGCAAAACUGAAUCCUGCUAUCCGCUAUGUGCAAGGAAUGAACGAGGUCUUGGCACCCAUAUAUUACGUCUUCAGUACUGAUCCUAAUGAGCAAAAUGCUGCAAAUGCAGAAGCAGAUAGUUUUUCAUGUUUUGUCAGGCUCUUGGGUGACUCAGUGGACCACUUCUGUCAACAGUUAGACAAUAGUUCAGUGGGAAUACUCUCCACCCUUUCCCGCUUAUCUGACUUGUUAAAGACCAAUGAUGAGGAACUGUGGCGGCAUCUUGAAUUCACAACCAGGGUUGAACCACAAUUCUAUGCAUUUAGAUGGAUCACACUGCUUCUUACCCAAGAAUUUAGCUUCCAAUCCAUCUUGAGAAUAUGGGAUUCUCUUUUGGGCAACCCUUUUGGUGUUCAGGAUAUGCUGCUGCGAGUUUGUUGCGCGAUGUUGUUAUGCAUGAAGAGCAGACUGCUGAGUGGCGACUUCAUAGCGAACUUGAAGCUUCUACAGCACUACCCGGAUAUCAACAUCGAACACCUACUCCAGGUCGCGAUGGAUUUGACUCCCGACACAUCUUCCUAUCGUCUGUCUCUGUAAUUACUCUGUAAACUGUGAACAUUUGCCAAUCUCUGUACAAAAUCAAUCUCUCUCUCUCUCUGUAAUGCAAAUUUUUUCGGCAAGGAUGAAGCGGGUUUUGAUAUUGGUUGAGGU